UAUGCUGCCCAGCUAACGAACGUUGCGUCGCAAGCUUGUUCCAAGGCUUCUAUCAGCUUUCUGUUCGGCACAUUCGCCGCCAUUCGACCGUUCGUCAUUGCAAAUCGCGCCUUGCUGAUACUCACUACCCUUUGGAGUAUUGCAUCAUUCUUCACCAUAGCAUUCCAGUGCGACACACCAAAUACGUGGGAUCUGACUGCUCGAUGCAUUGACCUGCAGAAUGCAGCCAGCAAUGGCAUUAACAUCUCAAACAUGCUGCUGGAGGUGAUGACGAUUCUGCUUCCUGUCGUGUUCAUGCCUAAAGUCCACACCAGCUGGUCAAUUCGUCUCGUCGUGAUUCUAUCAUUUGCGACCAGGAUCUUCGUCAUAUUUUCCUUGAGCGGACAAAUCUCUUCCUCCGUGGAACAAUACCGAGACCUCGCCUGGAACUACGGUCACAUGGCAAUAUGGAUGCAGAUGACGAUGAACAUAUCUCUCCUCACUGCCUGUAUCCCCGGAGCACAGGACUUCUUAGCGCGCCUACGCCCAGGCAUG